GCCUGCAUGUGCCUGGCAACUGUUACCUAGUGACAGUUUCAGCUGCAGUAGCCAUUGGCUGUGCUGUGGAUUGGGGCAGGAGGACCGAGUCACCUUUCUGAUGGUGAGUUCUUCUGCAUUAGCUCCUGAUGAGGAGGAGGAGCAGGGCUCAGACUCAGGUGGAGGCAGCGGUACAGAAAGCUUGUGGAGAAUACACUGACAGCAUCUUGGGAUCUGCAUGCAUACAUCACAGUAAAUCAGACUUCAGAAUCAAGCAGCCCAGCCUUGAAGCUGAUAGAGUGGAUAUAGGUGAGAAGCACUGCCUUAUUCCUAUAGCAAGAGAACUAUUUUGUGAUAAGUGAAACUGGAAAUGCACAAGGAAGAAUAUCCUGUGAUUAUUAUAGAAGAAAAAGGACUUCUCUGAAUGACUUGGUGUGGUGCACGAGAAAAUAACUUUCAGAAGAAUGCUUUCUGUUAAGCUGCUGCAUUGUUCCUAAAGGAAAUGCUUUUAUUUCUAAUGCAUGCUAUUUCUUCAAAAGGUAUGACAACAAAGACUGGCAAGAGACUCUUUGAUGAAAUGCCUAUGCUCUAUAAAAGACUUUUGAUUAAUGUUAACCUCGUAUCAAAAUGACCUUGGAAGUCUUUUGGUUGGAUUCUAUCCUGCUAGCAUUUCAGUAUUUCAAACUCUAGGAUUAAAACUCAUGUGGUUUCUUUAGAAGUAUUUUAAGACAAGACCAUCAUAUAAUGUAUCUAAUAGCCCCUGUAUUCAUUGAGCACUUGCUCAAAAUAGAAUGCAGAAAUAGAAGAGGUAUUUUUUUAACAUAUGGCUGCUAUAUAAAUGCAAAUAUAACAACCAAGGUGAUUUUAUACUUUCAGAAGAUUUAUUAAAAUAAUUAUUUAAUAUGUUAAUCAUCUACUGAAAACAAAAAAGAAACAAGCUGUGAAGCCUAUAAGAAAUACCAAAGUAAUGAAUAAAGGCAGGAUUUCUAGUCAAAUAAAUUGUUUAAAGUGAAUAGGAGAAUUUCUAUUAUUGUUUUUAUUUUAUAUCUAUUUACAUGCAUAUGUGAGAUACAGGUGUGGUUGUAAAAGUGGGAAAUUUUAGAGCUAUAUAUUUUAUAAUCAUACUGUAUUUAUAAAGAAGUAGCAUACCAUAUAAAGUUAUUUUCAGUUAUUGGUGCUGAAUUGAUAGUAGUGGGGACUCAUUUUCCUUUGGAAAAGAAAGAAAUAUAAAUUUUAUUAUUCAUCAUCAUGUCAGUAACUGUAAUGGACUACAGUUCUUUUCAACUUUUUCUGAAAUCUUUUAAAAAAUGCAUGUAGAAUAAAAACUUUAGAAGUUAGUGUUUUGUUUUUUGUCAGGUGUUAACCCUUUACAUUUGAUUUUUCUUCCUGGAAAUAUACUUUUUUCUCAUGAACGUUAUAGGACAGUUUGGAGUUUAUUUUUUUCCUCUGUCCUUCUCCUUUGUGCCCAAAUAAAGAUGACUCUUUUGGAAUUAUUAACCUUGAUAAGAGAGUGAAGGAGUGUUACUUAGCUUUAUAAAUAAGUAAAAGAGUAUCCCAACAGCAUCUAACCCUGAAUUGAGCCCCAAAGACACUAUGCCACAGAAAAAUUUUUUUCUUAGCUUUCCAGCCAUAUUUAUAGUCUUAAAUUCUCAAGUAAGGAUCCAUUUAUCAUAAAAAGUGAAACAAAACUAGAAGCAAUUUAAGACUUUUUCCUCUUUUUUUCCCAUAGUUAAUCCCUAAGAAACUACCUUUCGAGGUGAACAGCCCCACAGAAGCUUUUCUUUCCAUUGCAAUAGAUUUUCCUUUUACAGAUUUAAUUUUUUAUAGUACAAAGUAAUAAGAAAUCAGUUUUCUCUAGAAGUGCCUUGUGUCUGCAAAAAUUUGUCUGGGAAUACUAGAGGAAGAUACAGUGACCUUUUUUCACCUCCUUUCUAGCUUUUCCCCUCAUUUCCCACCAAGCUAAGGUGUGUCAUUGGCGCCCUGUGGUUGAUGAAAAGACUUGAGUCCUUCCUCCUCGGGGUUCUCAGACAGUCUUGACACUGUCUCCUGCAACUCAUUGGGAGACGCUAGUAUGCAGCAUCUGACAGAUGCCUGGUAGGGCAACUGCUGGCUGUAGCCACACUGAAGGUCCCUUGACCCCCAAGCCAUGAAUGCCUCCAGGUGGGCAGGAGGGAAGACCCUAAACUCCAGCAGUGGCAUCCUGAAUAUGUCUGAGCGGCAUGCCUGCCCUCUUGGGUUUGGCUACUACAGCACAGUAGAUGUCUGCAUCUUUGAGACAGUUGUCAUCGUCCUGCUGACAUUUCUCAUCAUCGCGGGAAAUUUAACUGUCAUCUUUGUUUUCCACUGUGCUCCUCUCUUGCACCAUUACACUACCAGCUACUUCAUCCAGACCAUGGCCUAUGCUGACCUCUUUGUUGGAGUGAGCUGUCUGGUCCCCACUCUGUCCCUUCUUCACUACUCCACAGGUGUGCACGAGUCACUGACCUGCCAGGUGUUUGGAUAUAUCAUCUCCGUGCUAAAAAGCGUCUCGAUGGCCUGUCUCGCUUGCAUAAGUGUGGAUCGCUAUCUUGCAAUAACCAAGCCUCUCUCCUACAAUCAACUGGUCACUCCUUGUCGCCUGAGGAUUUGUAUCACCCUAAUCUGGAUCUACUCCUGUCUAAUUUUCUUGCCUUCCUUCUUCGGCUGGGGGAAACCUGGUUACCAUGGUGACAUUUUUGAAUGGUGUGCCACAUCUUGGCUAACCAGUGCCUAUUUCACUGGCUUUAUUGUCUGUUUACUUUAUGCUCCUGCUGCCUUGGUUGUUUGCUUCACCUACUUCCACAUUUUCAAAAUUUGCCGGCAGCACACCAAAGAGAUUAAUGACCGCAGGGCCCGGUUCCCAAGCCAUGAGGUGAAUGCCUCUGGAGAGACAGGACAUAGCCCAGACCGACGCUACGCCAUGGUUUUGUUCCGGAUCACCAGCGUCUUUUACAUGCUGUGGCUCCCCUAUAUCAUAUAUUUUCUUCUUGAAAGCUCCCGAGUCUUGGACAGCCCAACAUUGUCCUUCCUAACUACCUGGCUGGCUAUUAGUAAUAGUUUCUGUAAUUGUGUGAUAUACAGUCUUUCCAACAGUGUUUUCCGGCUAGGCCUCCGUAGGCUGUCCAAAACAAUGUGCACAUCUUGCAUGUGUGAGAGGGACCAGGAAGCACGAGACCACAAGCCUCAGAAGCGGGCUAAUUCCUGCUCCAUUUGAAGAGAACUUCACAAUAAAUCAAAUAUAGCCUGACAGUGAUUCUGGGUCAUUUUCUUGAUUCAUUUAGGUUCUUGUCGCUAGAGAAAUAUUACUUGAAUGACCAUGAAGUGAAGUAACUAAAGGUCCUUCGCCCCUUCAAGGAAAAUAAAACUAAAUAAAUGAAUGUAUGAGAGAGUAACUUUAUGAAAUAAUUAUAUGGUGUGAUUGUAAAGGUAUAGAAGUAGAAAACAUUAAGUACUGAAGAUGAAAAGUAUCUCAGAUCUUCAUAGAACCUGAACUAAGCUCCUCUGUGUCUGUCUUUCCAUCUAAUUGAAAUGUUUCCUCUGCCCUUCUCUGUCUUGUUUACUCUUUGUGUGUUUAUACAAGUUAUUACUUAAAUUGCCCUUUCUAGAAAAAUGCUACAUAUCAUAUAUGUGGCAGAGUAUAAUCUUUUGCAUCAAAGUGUACUUUAAACAAGCUAACCUGCAAUUCAUGUUAUCUCUCUGUGGAGAGUGUAUAGUGAUACUUAUAUUUUAUUACCUGCCCCACAACCCUUUUGCUUAGGAUUUAUAAUCUCCACAGUAUACUUUUUCUGCACUGAACAAAAGGAAACAGUGUUUUCUGAUUUUCUUCCUCCUCUCUUCCCGAAAACUUACUGUUUUCCCCACUUCUUUAUUGUUAUUAAUCUCUUUCCUUUGGUACCCUAAUCCAGAAGUGUCUUAGCUAAUUAAAGAAUCUACUUUAGAAAGCAAUCAUAAAGUUAGAUAGUUGACUUCACCCAAGAGCAACCUAAUCUGUUUGGGAGAUUGUUAAAUAUUUUAAUUGCUUUUAGAAACAUUUUAUCUGGUUCCUUUUAAAUUGGUUCAUGUGUCCAAAGUGAUGUCUGUUUUCUUGUUUUGUUUAUUUUUUGUCUUUCUUUAAACAUAGCUACAAAUAAUUCUUAUGUAGUUGCAGAGUACUUGCCCAGAAGUGAAGCAUUGCACUUAAAAGUAUUUGUGUGUAAUUUUUGUUUUUAAGUAAAAAGUCUACUGUUGUGCCCAGUAAUCAUUUGUGUGAAAUACAUUUAUACACACUUUAUUUCUUAUA